AUGGCUGAGAAAACCCAUGAUGGCGACGGCACCUUUGACGUCCACGAUGACAUCGAGAACAGCAAGCCUUCGGACAGCCAUGUCGAAAACAUCAGGCAAUCGCAACCUCACUUCGACAUUGACCCUGUCUUGAGCAAGAAGCUCGACCGCAAGUUCGACUAUCACAUCAUUCCCUGGCUUUUUGGUAUAUGGCUAUUUGCCUUCAUUGACAGAAGCAACAUUGGAAACGCUAAGAUCGAUGGCCUUACCGAGGACCUCAACAUCUCCACUGGAACAAAGUUCAACAUAGCGCUCUUGGUAUUCUACAUCCCCUACAUUCUUGUCGACGUACCGAGCAACUGGAUUGUCAAAAAGGUCCGGGCGGGUAUAUAUCUUCCGACUUUGAUAACGUGCUGGGGCAUAGCCUCUUUGAGGGAGGACUCCUAG